AUGAAGUUGUCGCUGAAGAUGAAAGUGGGUCUGGCUGGCGCGGCUGCGGCCGCGUUGGCCUUUGGCGUGUACUUUUUCGUCAGCGCAGGACGCAGCGAUCGCAAACCGAAACCAGGUUCCGACGCACCGGCGCCCAAAACGGACGUCGCACAGCCGUCGACGCCUCCGAAACGAAGUGCCCAGGCGGCUCCCCGCAUUGCUUCGCCGGUGCCCGCGCCCUCCGAGGCCCGCCAGCUCUCCGAGACGGACAGGGCGAUCCUCGCGUGCGACAACAAGCACCGGCUCCUUCACGAGCUCCUCGUUUCUGGCGACCAGUUCCUGGAAGACUCCGGGCUCGCGCCGAUGGACGGCCCCCCCAACACAGAGGCCGCGUCGCCCCUGGCGCGUUUGGCCCAGCAGGUCCGCCAGGCUGCAGACCGCGCAUUCUUCGACGUCCUGCACGAGGGCAUGUCGUGCGACCCCCCGCAGCUGGCGCGCCUCGUGGCCCUCAUCCUGGAUGUCAAGGGGCAGCUGCUGGAGGUGACGCCGCCGCAGGGCGAGGGGGCGCAGAUCCGCGCGCAGCUGCAGGAGAAACUCGAGGAGGCGUACCUCUCCGAGCGGCUGUCGUUCCACCCGCCGGACGUGGAGUACCUCACCAAGGUGCUCGGCUUCCUGGUGGAAACCAUCAUGAGCGUCGAGGCGCCCGCGCGGAACGCGGCAACGCGCACGCGCUUCUCCGCCCUCGUCGCGAGCAUCCGCGAGGCCGCCGCGCCGGCGGACGGCGACGCCCGGAGGCGCGCCCUGGCCGACCACGUCGUGGCCGCGUGCAAGUUCAUUCGCGAGAAGAUGGCGGAGCUCCACAGGGACAUAGCGCGUGCGCGCGUGGGCAUCCUGCGCGGCCUGCUCGCGGGGACGGACUCCGGGGUCGACCACGAGCGCGCCCUGAUCGGGUCCAUCCUCGGCAAGCGCGCGCCCGCGGAGGCGUUCCCGCGGACGGCGGCCUGGCUCGCGGCCUCGAAGGCACAGCUGGCGAGCGCGGCACAGGCCGAUGGCGGCGUUGCUCCGAGCGAGGACGAGGCGGUGCAGCGCGCGGUAGUCGCGGGCUACAUCAGGUUGCUCAAGACCGACCGAGCGGUGGCGUGGGUCGCGGCGCCGGAGACGCUGUUCCUCGACGAGGCGCACAUCAUCAUGUUGCAGAACGGGCUGCAGCGCGCGUCGCUGCUCGCGCUGGCCGUGCAGAUCGCGAACCAGAUGCUCAAGCGCAAGCAGGUAGCCCCGACGCAAGCCCUGAUGCAGGGCCUCGUGGACCGCCUCGGGGUGCUGCUCAAGGCCCCCACGGACCUCGAGUCCCUGGUGCUGGAGAUAUCCUCGCGGCUCGAGGCGCACUGCAGCGCGGCGGGCGUCGAGUGGCGCGCCUCGACGGGCCGCACGCCGGAGCGGGCGUCGCCCGGCCCGACGUCGCCGACGUCCCCUGGCGCAUCGUCGAUGCCAGACGAGGCGAUUGUGCGCAACAUGGUGCGCAACCUGUUCGACACGUCCUCGUCGGUGUUCCGGAGAGUGCAAGGGGCGGUGGCGAUGGCGCUGGAGCGGAGGGUGCUGGGGGUGCUGACAGCACCUGGGUCAGUCACUGCGCUGUCAGUGAAUUCGGGCGGGCAGCCGCAGAGCGCUGCGACGUGGAUGGCCCCCCUGCGGGCAGCGGGGGCGGCGAUGCUGGCGCCCGAGGUCGAGGAGAUGGCGUCGGUGUUGACGCGGCUGAUUUCUGUCAACCUUGCUGUCAGCGGGAGGAUAUACGCCGGGAUCUUGCGCGAGGUGCCCGUGCAAGCCUGA